GAAAGAACGUUUGUUUCCUGGACUGCUGGACUUUUUCUGUAAUGUAGUUAUGCAGCAGUACAAAAACAUUACUCUCACUGACACACAGCCUUCAAGAGUAGCUGAGACACCAACCAACGACAUGACGGCAAUUUUACAGUCAAUUUCAGCUGACUUUUCAUCGUAAGAUUCCGAACUUCGUUCCGAACUUCGCAAAUUCGUUGCCAAGUUCAAAAGUUCAUAACGAAAUUCACAAACAGGUUUGUAAACUGGGCAUUUGAUUGGCUGGUUUGAUUUAAUAGCCAAUCAGAGGCUUUGUUUACAAACCUGUUUGUGAAUUUCAUUAUGAACUUUUGAACUUGGCAACGAAUUUGCGAAGUUCGGAACGCAUUUCGGAAUCUUACGAUGAAAAGUCAGCUGAAAUUGACUGUAAUUGACAUAGCCACAAGUGCUAUACUGAGAAUCCCAUUGAGGUAAGUUGUAUAGUACCAUAGACUACAGUAUAACUCGUGCAAGGUUUUUGGAGUUAAAAAUGUUGACUCUGAAACAAUUAUGACUAAUUCGGCAAUGCAAUAAAAAUGUCAAGUUUUAUGAACGUCACUAUUUUGAUAUGCCAUACAGCCAGUUUUUCUUAAUUUUGGCAUUGUCUAGAAUUCCUAAAUUAUUUGAAACGUCGAUUACUCAUUCAAUAUACUGUAUUAGGCCGUAGGAUGAGCAUCCAAAAGAAACACCGUGGAAAAACGUCUGCGCAUGCACCAAAUUAUGAAAAUAUGGCGGGGAAUUUGAAUAUCAAUUUCUAAAACAAAAACAUGCUUAUUAAUUGGUCAAAAUUAGUAAAACAAACGAGAAAAUAUAGCAAAUGGGUAGACUAGACAUUAUAAUUGAAAGCGUCCUGGCAUUUAAAGUAUGUAAUUAAAUAUAAUUCAUGUAAAAAAUUGUUGAUUUUAACGGACACGACUUCGAAAAUUUUUGCAAAAUUAUUCAAAACAAAAAUUCAAACUAAAAAGUUAAGAAAACUCUCGAAAAGUUAAGCUUCUUAACCCACUCAAAUUGUAGAAUAAAUCCUAUAGUUUAAUUAUUGAGAACACGAAAUUUUUUUAUAUUUGGCGACAUAGUUUUUUUUAAAGAAAUGUAUCUCAAACGAAAAUUCGGAAAUUGUCGUUGCUUAGUUGAUAAACAAAAUGUUUCAGACUAUGAAACAACUAGACUAUAAUUUCAGAAAUUUGUCAACAAUCACCUUUAGUUCAUGUUCUUGUACAAUACAACUUCUUGAAACUUCUGGCUGCAUUUAUUCCUAUUUUUUAGAAUGACAUGUUUAUUUUUGCGCUCGAAAUCUGGCUGUAAAGACGCACAAUGAAGUCACUCCUUUUUACCGCCAUUUUGAGCCUUCGGAAACGUUCGGAACAGCUUGUCAUAAAGUUCGCAAUACUAUUACAGGUAAGGUUGACGCAUGCGCAGACGUUUUUCCGCGGUGUUUCCAAAAGAUGCAAUUCCGUUGCACCCCUCGUGUAACUACGUAAUUUUCACAUGAAUAAAUAGAUAAAAACUUACUUUAUCAGAAUCCGUUGCUCCCCAAGCGAAACAGGUGCACAAUUGGGAGAAAAAUCCUUCCAAAGUUUGAUAUUUUCGCGCUUCGAAAUACUCGAACCGCCAUUGUUUUGGUAGCAAAUACGCAUGCGCAACUCAGCCAAACUCGCACUGCGCACGCGCAGACUAUAAAAAUAGAUUCUCACUGUGGGGUUUCCCCGAUUUCCUCCGCAAAAAUAACAAAAUAAAAUCACGGAAUACUGAUCAAACCUUGUAAUAUAAAUACACCCACAUUAAAUAUUGUUUAAAACACAUUGUAUAUUUUGCUUGCUCAUAUGCUAAAUCACUUCAAUUCAUUGGCUAUUGUUUCAAAAUACCGUUUUAACGUUUAAUUCUACUUUAUAUUAACAUCCUAAUUCAAUACAAAUUUGUGUGAGGUAAAAACCCACUAGUAUGAAAUAGGACGGAGAAUAAAAAAUAUUUAUGCAUACAAUUCACACGAUCAAGGAACAAAUGAAAUAUUUCGCUAAACUUAAAGCCUUGGCCAAACGUAAGAAACAAUGUCGUGGAAAUAUUCGUGAUUUUAACUGGCUUUUAUUGCAGAAGCAAAAUUUGCUUCCCAGAAAACAAACUAUUUCCUACCAAAUUCAGAAGCAUUUGAUGAAACACUCUUUAUCCGUUUGCCGACGCUGAUAAGACAAUAUGACAUACCGAAAGAUUGGAAAGACAAAUAAUAUGACAACAGUGUUUCGCAGUUCGUCCCGGGCUUUAAGGGAUAUUUAUAUAAAUUACUAGGAAAACCUCUGAUUGAAUCUUUAAUGUAUUAUUGAAUAACUAUAUGCAAGAUGUUUGGUGCUUCUUAAACUGUGCGUUCCACCAUCGCUUAGUAUACUCUAUGGAUACCAAUCCUCGAUUUGGACCAACUUUUCCAUUCGCUCCAACCAUAUUUUCCAACCAUCUGUUCCAACCAACGUAGCCGGACUGCACCAGUGAUUCAGUGAAGGACCUUGAACCGUCAAAACGAGAUUGCAUGUAUUCUGCAAUAAGCUGUCCUGGCUUUUGUCUGGUAAAGUUCUACUUCUCGUAUUUGAACUAUUACAUAUAUUAUAUUUAUAUUGUGACAUAAGUUGGUAUUUAGCCACUAUCUAGAAUAACAAGGAACGAUUCAACCUUGUUUUUCGUGUCCACACUAGUUGACUUCUUCUUAUAGAUUUGCUGCUGUGCAUUUCAGCUCCUCCACCAGGGUGCGUUUCAGCUUCUCAGAUAUGAACAUACUGUUAACCCUGUCUAUGAGAGGGAUAUACGUGAUGAUAAUAUAAAUACUGUGGAUCCGAAUGAGAAUAUCGAAUAAGUAAAUAAAUACUGAUCUACUGCACUGACAAUACCUACGUGCAUUACCAUCAUUGUUCACCUCAAAUCAUUAAUAAUUCAUGAGCAAAUUAGCCAACCAUAUUGCUUUAUUUUGCUCACAUGAUAAUACCGGAUACCUUAUGAAGUAUAUUGAUCCUGUAGUGUCCUAGGACUGGAUUAAAAUUAAUUCAGUCCUUGGACUGGAUCUAAAUUAAUUAAGUAGUGAUUUAUUCGUAUGAGAUGUCAUUUCAAAUCCUCUAGUUCGGACUGGACUAGAUUUCAAGUCCUCGCAUUUUGAUCCAAUCCUUUGCUUCGCCUCGGACGUGAUCAAAUUGCGUGGACUUGAAAUCUAGUCUAGUCCUCGUAGUCGGAUUUGAAAUAUUAUCCAUUGUCAAAUCAGAUGCAAAUGGUGGCCAAGGAAGAUUCAGUUUUGGUAUUUCUUGCACCUUUUGGCGAAGAAUCAAUGCAGCAUUGUAUAGAAUUUGUAACUCAUUGACUUUAGAAUUUCCUUCAGUUUCUGUGUUGGAGGAACUCACAUCAUCAUCAAUGGUACAGCUCUCUUCAUCAAAGUCCUCAUCGUUGUUUUCAGAUUUAAUUGACAUAUGUUCCUCAACCAAUUCAGAAGAAUCCAAAUUUUCCGCAUACACAAUCUCACUAACAUUUCUCAUUUUCGGUAGACAGAACACAAGUUGGGGAUAACUUUUCAUCAGUCGUUGCUUGAGUUUAAAAGCUCUAUAUUUAGAUGCGUCAACAUUCUCAGUGUCCUCGAUUACUUUCUUACAGAAUACACCAUAAGACUUCUCGUACACUGAUGUAGAUCUUUCAGUCUCCGAUUGCUUCUUCACCUCUCUGGUGAGAAAUAUUGUAUAAUUGCAGUAGCAAACUUUGUGAUAGCGGACUUCUUUGUGAUAGCUACACAGUCUUUCCCCCGUUCAUCGUUCUUUCUCUCGGCAGCUGUACGUAGAAGACCAGCAUCAAUUGUUUCUGCCAACAUGAGUGGGAUUCUUCUUCUCUUCUUAGUUACCUGGUGUGAAACAAAAUUAUUAAACUAAUAAAUAAACUUAAUUGAUCACAAUAAUUCAAUAUAUUUUAAAACCAAACCCGAGAAUGUUGUGCACAUUGCUCUAGUAUUAUACCUAUCAAAAUGACCAUACCUUGUCUAGUGAGAACCACGAGGCGUCUCUUCCACAAAUAAUACAUAUCUCUGGGAGUACAUGCGCGUUUCUUUUUGGCAGGGCCUUAUUUAUAGCUUCUGCGACUGAUUGGCGUGUAAUUUUUCGCCUUGGUUCUAUUGACUCCACUUCCACGUGUGAUUCUUCGGUAGAAGUUACAGUUUUAGAGCUAGUUCCUUCUCCUUUUUCUUCUUUUCUCUGUUGUCUACGGAUCUUCUCUUCAUCUGAAAAUCUCUUCCAGCAUUUCAUAUGAUGGUACCAUUCUAAGUUAAUGGUGUCAGGGUUCUUCUCCAUGUAUGAAUUGACAGAUCCGUCCUCGAUGUUCUCGUACGAUUUCUUAGCUAUUUCAGCUUGUUGACAUUUAAGUUUGGCCCAUUUUGACCUACACUCAAGAAAUUUCUUAAGCCUUUGGCGUGUAACUUUGCAAUUGCAAAGUUGCUCCGUGUAACGCCAUCAAAAUGCGUAAAACAUGAGGAUAUUCGAGUUUUAUAAAUAUCUUUAGCCAUGAUUUAUUUGCAUAACUGAGCGUGUUUCGACUUCGAAGCAUGUGCGUUGGUUGUGCGCAUGCGCAGUACGAGUUUGGCUGAGUUGCGCAUGCGUAUUUGCUAUCAAAACAAUGGCGGUUCGAAUAUUUCGAAGCGCAAAAAGAUCAAACUUUGGAGGGAUUUUUCUCCCAAUUGUGCACUUGUUUCGCUUGGGGAGCAACGGAUUCUGAUAAAAUAAGUUUUUAUCUAUUUAUUCAUGUGAAAAUUAUGCAGUUACAUGAGGGGUGCAACGGAAUCCGUUUUCUAAGCAUCUUUUGCGGGAGUUUUGGAUGCUCAUCCUACGGCCUAUAUGGUGGUAAUCUUAUUGACUGUUACGUUGUAUAUGAGAUUAAUCCUCGUCCCCAGGGCCUCUCGGCCGCGCGCGUCCUCCCUAGGCCCUGGGACACACGGAACUGGAAGUGGAAGUAAAGCGCACGGUCUUGAAUUGAGACGCUUCAGCACCCGUAACAAUUUUCACAAUGAAGUAUUACGAAGAGACGAAGUAUUUGUGUUGACACAUGUUGAUAGAAUAAUUUUGCCUAGCGAAAACUGCUCAACUUCUGCGAAAUAGCAUGUAGACGAACAGUUAUAUAGCGGGCUCAGUAAUUAUGUACUGAAGGCUCAACAAUACGGUUUCCUGACAUAUAUAAACUAGAUUAUAUUUAUUCAUCAGUGUGAUAGUCGAGGUGUCGAAGUGAAGAUAUCAAUUAAUAAACGAACAUAUUUAUAAACGUUCGACAUGGUGUCAGGUGUGGGAUUUUCCACCUAAAUACUUAAAUACUUUAACAUUGAUAUCUAUCUCCGAAAAGAGUUUAUAGCUAGAAACGCGACGAAAUGGCAGACUCGUUUAGAAAACCCGCUUUAACAUUGAUAUCUAUCUCCGAAAAGAACUUAUAGCUAGAAACGCGACGAAAUGGCAGACUCGUUUAGAAAACCCGAACCAUUGAGCUUCGAGGGAAACGUGGCAGAAAAUUGGCGUCGGUUUGAGCUAGAAUUGGAUAUAUUCUUGGCAGCAGCUCAUCAUGACAAAACGGAAAAGACGAAGGCGUACAUCAUGCUUAAUAUUGCUGGGAGAGAAGCGAUUGAAAAGGAAAGGUCGUUCGUGUAUUCACCGGCUGUACGCAAUGAAGCAAAUGAAAUAAUCACACCGGCAGAGACGAAAGAAAGCAUUGAAGUCCUCAAACGAAAAUUUAAAGAAAUCUGCAAUCCGCAGGGGAAUGUAAUCAUGGAAAGACACAAGUUUAACGUAAGAAACCAGAGAGACGGUGAGUCUAUUCAAUCUUAUGUUUCUGAUCUCCGUAUAUUAGCCGAUACAUGUGAAUACGGCACAAUGAAAGAUGAAUUUAUUCGUGACAAAAUAGUGUGUGGUAUUAUAUCGGACAGGGUUCGAAAGCAGUUACUAAAAGAAAGAGCACUCACACUAGACAAAGCGGUUCAAAUUUGUCAGUUAAACGAAUUAUCAGAAGAUUACGGUAAACAACUUUCAAAACGCGAGUCAGACAAACAAGAUGUAAAUUACAUUAAACCCAAAAAGCCAUUAAGAAAGCAAUCAACCAUACUAAGUUGCAAAAGUUGCGGGGGCGAGCAUAGAGCAGAUAAACAAGCAUGUCCUGCAUUUGGAAAACAGUAUCAUGGUUGCGGGAAGUCAAACCAUUUCAAAAAAGUGUGUUAUUCUGCAAAAUUUUACCAAAAAGGUCCUAUGAAAAUUUCAAAAGCGUCCGGGUCGCAUAGAAAGCCUCGCGUUGAUGAAAUAUUAGCACACCUAAGUAUUCCCCCGAAGGAAGUGAUAAAGAAUUAUACAUUAUUGAGACAAUCGAAGGUCCACAGGUGGCGCACAAUAACAAGGAAAUUUAUUGUACAACUAAAAUCAAUGGUCAUAAUGCGGAACUAAAAAUUGAUACGGGGGCAAGAUGCAAUGUGAUGGCACUUAGUUUAUUUAAAAGGAUCAGAGACGGUGAAAUUAUUAAUAAAUCAAAGUCAGUAGAGUUGGUAGCUUAUGGGGGCUAUACAUUUUCAACUCUGGGUACUGUAGAGAUGAAUUGUCAUAUUAAUUCAACAAUACAUAGGUUAGAAUUUCAGAUCGUGGAUAAGCCUGUCGCAUCACUUUUUGGUUUAGAGGAUUCAUUGGAAACGAAUCUUAUUAAGCUAAACGAACGCAUUCACGAAGUUCAAGCAAGGUUAUGGAGAAGCACAAAGAUCUUUUCGAUGACAACCUUGGGGAAUUACCGGUCGUUUACUCCAUGGAAGUUGACAGCAACGUAACACCCGUAAUAAACCCACCACGCAAAAUACCAAUCGCAAUGGGAAAAAAAUGGGAAAAAAGAGCUAGACCACAUGGUGGAGAAGAAGGUAAUCGCCCCAGUCUCGGAGCCAACUGAGUGGGUAUCGCAGAUGGUAGCUACACGAAAGAAAAAUGGCGAAACAUGCAUUUGUCUAGAUCCACGAAACCUGAAUCUAGCUUUGAAGAGAUCUCAUUAUCCAAUGAGAACAGUCGAAAGUGUUGCUGCUCGUAUGCCAGGUACCUCAGUGUUUUCUACCUUAGAUGCAAAAUCUGGAUUUUGGCAGAUUACGCUAGACGAGAAGUUGUCGAUGCUGACCACGUUUGGUACACCAUUUGGAAGAUUUCGAUAUCUGCGAAUGCCGUUUGGUAUAAAUACAGCAUCAGAAGUAUUUCAAAGAACAAUGGAACAGUUGUCCACCGGCUACCCUUGUGAGAUCAUUGUUGACGACAUACUAGUUUGGGGACGUGACAUUACUGAGCAGGAUUAUAAUCUCGAGAAAGUAUUGCAGAGAGCAAAGGAAGUUGACCUCAAGCUAAGUACAAAGAAGUGCAAGUUCCGACUCGAAAGUGUUUCAUACGUUGGGCACCAGUUCACCAAAGAUGGUCUCAAGCCAGAUGAAGACAAGAUAAAAGCAAUCAAAGAAAUGCCAGCUCCUGAUGGUCCAAAGGCUUUACAAAGAUUUCUUGGAAUGGUGAAUUACCUGCAUAAAUUCAUCGAUGAUUUGAGUGAAAAGACGGCUCUACUCCACCAGUUGCUGAACAAAGACACAAAGUGGUCUUGGGAUGUACAAUAUCAAGUGGCUUUCGAGAAGUUCAAGAAAGAAAUCAGCAACCCUCCAGUGCUAAAGUUCUUCAAUACUGCGAGACAAAUUGUCUUAUCCGUCGAUGCUUCCAAGAGUGAUUUAGGAGCAGUCUGUCUUCAAGACUGUUCUCCAGUGGCGUAUGCUUCUCGUGUGAUCACCGAAACGGAAAGUAGAUACGCACAAAUCGAGAAGGAGUUGUUGGCUACAGUUUUCGCCUGCACAAAGUUUUAUGAUUUCACGUAUGGCAACAAAGUUGUGUUAGAAACUGAUCAUAAACCCCUCAUCACGAUCGUGAAGAAACCUCUACACGUAGCUCCAGCACGACUCCAACAAAGGCUUCUGCAACUUCAGCGAUAUGACCUGGAAUUUUUCUAUAAGAGAGGAAGUGAUCUAUUCGUGGCAGAUACCCUAUCACGUGCCUAUAUUAAUGAGAAACCCAAUCAAGAGAACCACGACGAGUUUGAAGUUAUGUCGGUUGAAUCCAUAUCACCUACAAGAAUGGAAGAGUUAAGGUAAAUUACCUCUACAGACCCGACCAUGCAGAAAUUAGUUCAAGUCAUUCGAAGCGGUUGGCCUGCGAAGUACCGAGAAGUACCGCGUGAACUAGCGGAAUAUUUUUCAGUAAGAGAUGAGUUGGUGAUCGAUAACGGUGUAAUUCUAAAGAGCCAAAGAGUGGUCGUCCCAGAAAGUCUGCGUCGUGUGUAUAUCGAACAGUUACAUAGAGGACACCCUGGAGUAGAGGCAACAAAGAGAAGAGCAAGAGAUGUGGUAUAUUGGCCAACGAUGACGAAAGAUAUCGAGUAUGUAAUAUCUUCGUGCAAACCGUGCAAUAGUACCAACCCACACCAAACCAAAGAGCCCAUGAAAAGUCAUCCAACACCGAAGUUGCCAUGGACACAAGUAAGCGCGGACAUUUUUGAAUGGAACCAAAUCACACCAAACCAAAGAUCCCAAGGAAAAUCAUCCAACACCGAAGUUGCCAUGGACACAAGUAAGCGCAGACAUUUUUGAAUGGAAUGAUUUGAAAUAUCUAGUAAUUGUCGAUGCGUACUCCGGAUGGUUUGAAAUUGACACCCUACGGAACAUGUUGUCUAAGACCGUAAUAAUGAAAAUGAAACGCCAUUUUGCGGUUCAUGGUGUUCCAGAAUUGUUGAUGACUGACAAUGGCACCCAGUUUGUGAGUGAAGAAUUCAAGUUAUUUGCGAAAGAUUGGAGUUUUAAGCAAGUGACCAGUAGCCCAACAUAUCCUCAAUCGAAUGGUCUUGCAGAGAAUGCAGUUAAACAAGCCAAGAAGCUAUUAGAAAAAUCUAAGAGGGAUGGAUCUGAUCUUAUACUUGGGUUGUUAAACCUAAGAAACACGCCUAGGGAUGAUAGUCUUGGUUCACCUGCACAGCGCCUUAUGUCGAGAAGAACUCGAACAGUUCCUCCGAUGUCAAAUAAGCUUCUUAAACCAAACGUCAUUCCAUGCAAACAAGUGUCACAAAGGAUACGUAGGAAACGAAAGCAACAGAAGACCUAUUAAGACAAAAGUGCAAAGACACUUGGAACUUUGAAAGCGAAUCAAAUUGUUAGAAUGCAAACGGCGAAAGGAUAUGAUAGGAUUGGCGUAGUUAAGCAAGUAGCAAAGGAACCACGGUCGUACAUAGUCGAAUCAAAUGGAAAAGAGUAUAGAAGAAAUCGAAGACAUUUGCUUGCUGUACCAGAACUAUAUUAUCAUAUCAAAGAAGAACCUGACGAACCAGAUGGAAGCACACCAUUUGAGAGUUCUCCACAACCAGUAUCAAGCCACCCUACAGUUAAUACGGUUCCCGACGAAAAUUACGAAGUUCCACAACAAGCAGCAUCAAUCCCAACACCCAUAUUACCACCAGGUCAAGUUGUAACAAGAUCCGGAAGAGUUUCCAAACCAAAUAGAAGAUACCAAGAUUAUGUAGUGUGAGCAUUAAAUUUAAUUAACAUUAUAGAACAAUAUUUAUUUAUUUAAAAUAGCAGUUCAGAACAUUAGAGGUUUGUUAAUAUCAGAACAUUAUCAUUAUUAUAUUAUAUUAUUAAUAGUUAUUAUACAUUAUUAUAUAUAUAUAUAUACAUAUUAGUAUGAACGUUAACUCCUAUGACAUUAAUUUCUCUAACAACGAAGGAUUUAGACGAACAGUUAUAUAGCGGGCUCAGUAAUUAUGUACUGAAGGCUCAACAAUACGGUUUCCUGACAUAUAUAAACUAGAUUAUAUUUAUUCGUCAGUGUGAUAGUCGAGGUGUCGAAGUGAAGAUAUCAAUUAAUAAACGAACAUAUUUAUAAACGUUCGACAUAGCAGUUAUCUGAGAAGCCAAUCAGAUCUCUCCCUUUGGUCGUCCUAACCCAGAGCUUAAUUUUCAACGAGUGACCGAGUGAAAAUGGCUCUGUGGGCGAGAAUCAUACGAGACUAUAUGAGACUAUAAACCGCUGAUGUUUUAAAACCUAAAGCAGAUUAAACAGUAACUAGAGAGUAAAGUGACUGAAAUUUGAACAUAUUUAGGUAUGUCAAUUCUUUGUACCGACAUUUUCCACGAGCUUGUGGUUGUGGAGAGGUGUUUGGGUUCGAGGUGGCUGAUGCUUUGGAAUACCUGGGCAAGAGUAAUAAAGGGAUGGAAAAUGCGUUAAGAAGUCUCAUACGAACAUCUCAUCUAGGAUGUAACGGUGUUCGCAUAGAUGUUGGUGAAGUGCAGCCCAAGGGAUCUCACAUCCAAAGAAAGAAACUGCCCGAAGGUCUAAUCCAAAAUUUGGACAAAGGUUAGUUAAAAAUUCAAAGUAGGUAGCGUAGAUAGAAUCGCAGUCCCUAUAAUUUUCAAUGUCCAUAUAAGGUAAUUCGUUUCCGAUUAUCUUAUUACCUAACGUUGAACAUGAAUGCAAUGUAUGCAAACGUUAUUUGCUGAUCGUUUAAUUAAACAAAUAUUACAUUCCCUCAUUCCUUGUUCUCUAAUAUUUUAUACUACCACUAGCACGGUACUUGCGGUCUAAGCAUUUUUUAUAAGUCUUGUGUUAAGAAAAUGUUGAUAAUUUUUACAUUAAUAACUUAUGUUAAUGUAUCUGCAUGUUAUGUUGUUUUCAGUAUUUCCCGAUGCAAAAAAACAGAAAUAAAUCCAAAACAGAAAUCUUCAGGUAUACAUUCUAUUCAUCUUAUUUUUGGUACGGUACGCAUUUAUUGGUACAGUACGCAUUUAUUGUUCGUAGUAUAAACGGGCAGACGUCAUUACUCAGAGGCAGAGUAUAUUAUUAUGAAACAUUUAACAAAUAUAAAACAUUUUCCGUGUUGAUUGCGUUCGACGGAGAACGCAUUCUAAUCGUGUCAUAUCAAUCCCGUGUGUUUUACGAGAAUGUCCCGCGUGUGUCUGUAUGCCAUUCGAUUAUCAGAUUGGACGCCAUCUUGGACUGGC